AUGACUGACUCAACCUUUCCCAGGCCUUGCAAGGGGAAAAAAAUCAAAUGCGGCGAGGAGCACCCCUAUUGUAAGAACUGUCUCAAAGUUGGCGAUGUCUGCGACUAUAGCGUCCGGCUGAACUGGUCCGGCCGGCACACCAAAAGCCAAUUCGUUGGAGAAAACAGCUGCGGCAACCCCUGGCCGGAGGGCAAGCUGGACCAAGUGCCCCAUGAGUUGUCGGCCGAGAAUCCCGAACUUCCAGACCAUUUCAUGAUCUCUGGCCAGGAACUGGAUGGUGCAGACUCUUACAGUGAGGACAGAAUUCAGCAACCCCUUGUCCCGACAACGGUGUUUAAAAACAUGACAACAACCAAUGAUGCUGGCAAGCAAGAAAACUCAUUUAAUAACACUCUCAUCUUUAUUGAUGAGUCCCAACAACACCUGAGUGGUGCUGGGCCUUCGGAGAGCUAUAUUGCAAAGCGGCACCUUGGACACUCGCAAGGGACUACGUCGGUAAGCUCUCCUUACAGAGGCUCACUGGUAAAUUCACCUGCAGUAGGCGCUGCAGUACACAAGAAAACCAAGUCUUUUACCGAGUUUACAGAACUAGACAUCGGGCAGUCGCAAUUAAUGCCUUGUCCGAGCUAUACACAGAAAAGCACGUCGGCGACGUGGCCCUCGUACCCCAAUGUACUUGACAGUCCGCUUACUCCUACACUUUCAUCAUACAGUGAUGACAUUACAAGUCGCUCAAACUGGACUGAACUUCCCUCUCUUGGGUCUCCUGAUUCCUGGGGGUCUGGUAAGGGUUUCUCUGAAAAUUCACCACCACAGUCUGGGCAUCUAUCGGAGGAGCCAGGAGCGUACGGUCUUCAGGAGACUCUAAGCAGCUCAGAUGUAUAUCCUUGCGGAAAUGGUGCAUUUUAUGGUUAUGAUUCAGGGGCAGCAGAUGAGGACCUGCUGAAGAAUGACGAUGCCAUUACCGUAGUCCUGCUUCCCUCCACAGCGUACAAUUCCGCAAGCGGAGUCGUAGACUUUGGAGAAGAGGCCAUGCCUUGGCAAAUUCGAGACAGGAUGAGUGGCCUAAAUCAAUACUACUAUAAGAACGUGGUUCCAGUAGUGAUACCCUGGGCUCUCGAGCCAUUGCCAGACAUGUUGAAACGAAACAAGAUGAACCUGCUGUACUUUCACCACUUUCUGAACCACACUUCCCACGUCUUGGUACCAUACCAUGACGACAAUACAAACCCUUUGCGGACACAACUUGUGGUUAUGGCUGUCAAAAGCGAGCCUUUGAUGAGUCUUAUCCUUGCGUACUCUGCUGCGCAUCGGUCGCAACUCUUGGAAACGGGCUUGCCUCAGAUGCGAAUGGCAGAGUGGGCUCAGUCUGUUUUCCCAGCUCUUAGAGAGUCGUUGCUCGGUGCAUCUUCUCCGAUGCCCAAUGUCACACUGGCCAUGGCGGUCAUGCUCAUUGCCCUGGAAAUCAUGUCUCCCGGUGCAUUUGGCCGGGGCGUUUCGUGGCGCGAGCAUGUUGCCCAUGCGAGAGGUCUCCUUGCCAAAUGUCUGGACCACGGCCCCCAAGACACGACGGUGGAGGGGAUGUGGUUUAUCCAGAGUUGGUUGGGUUACAUAGACGUCAUGGGCGGUCUUAUGGCAGGGCCGCUUUUGGAUAUGACUUGUAAGUCACAGGUCUACUUCCCACCGCCUGAGACUCGUAGAUGUGCCAAUGACUUGGACGAGAUUGAUUGCAUGAUGGGGAUAUCGGUGAAAUGCGCGCGCUUGCUUGGUCAAGUGGCAGAGUUGGCCAAGCAAUGUCAAGGCGAACGAUUCAGGCUGGACGGCCAACUGUUGCAGGGCUGGUGUCCUCAGCCGACCAUGGUGGAACAAGCACUGUUGCUGGAAAAGCACCUGAUGGAGAGUCUGAGGCAAUCUUCAAGACCUUGUCCCCAUGUGAGGGCCGGCAGUAUUCACAUGAGGGACUUGGCGGAAAUGGCCGGUGUGAACGAGGCCUUCCACUGGGCUGGUAUGAUACAUUUGCACCGCAGAGUCCUCGGAAAGGCAACGGACCACCCGGACGUACAAGGAAGUGUGCGGAGGAUCAUGCAAUGUCUAGAGCAGAUUGGAACUCGAGGGGUGGCCAAGACGCGCUAUCUAUUCCCGAUAUUCACGGCAGGCUGCGAGGCCCUCACGGAGCGUCAGCAGACGAAACUCCUGGGACGGUUAACCAAUGCGGAGAAGAGCGGCAUGAAACAGCAAGUCUGGACGACCGGCAAGGCGUGGGAAGAGCUCAUUUGCAACGAAUUUGUCGCAUGA